GGAUCUUGGCAAGAUUCAAAGAGCUUUCUCGUAGUUAAUACAAACUGUUGUGCGGUGCCCUUUUUAUUUAGAAAAGAUGGUAGUGAAAGUGUAUGGUACAGUUGAGUCAGCAUGUACACAGAGAGUGAUAGCUUGCCUUUUGGAGAUGGGGGUGGACUUUGAACUUGUACAUGUUGAUCUUGAUGCCGGAGAACAUAAGCGACCUGAGUUCCUCGUCCGUCAGCCUUUUGGACAAGUUCCGGUCAUAGAGGAUGGCGACUUCAGACUUUAUGAGUCGAGGGCAAUUAUAAGGUACUACGUGGCAAAGUACGCGGACCGUGUUCCCAGCCUAAUGGGAAAUAAUUUGGAAGAGAGAGCUAUGGUGGAUCAGUGGCUGGAAGUGGAAGCACACAACUUCAAUGACCUGAUUUUCACACUCGUGUUUCAGCUUGUGAUCCUUCCACGGAUGGGAAAGCCUGGGGACUUGGCCUUGGCUCAUAGCUGUGAACAAAAGCUAGAGAAGGUGUUGGAUGUGUAUGAGCAAAGGUUAUCAAAAUGCAAGUACCUUGCUGGAGACUCUUUCACUUUGGCUGAUCUUAGCCAUCUUCCUGGCAUUAGAUAUCUUAUGAAUGAAGCAAAUAUGGGGCACUUAAUCACAGAGAAAAAGAAUGUCAAUGCAUGGUGGCAGGACAUCUCAAACAGACCUUCUUGGAAGAAGUUAAUGAACCUUGCUGGUUACUAGUUACCUCUUGAACCUUGCCCAAGAUAUAAUGUUGGUCCCAGAAUUGUUUCAUGUGUGGUGCAAAACAUAAAAUAAAGGACAAUUUUUUUUUUUUUUUUUUUUUUUUUUUUCACUCUAAACUGUCACCCGGAUAACGCUUGAGCCUCUGACCUAUUGAAACAAACGAUCGACUCCCCAAUUUAAAAAAUGUGUUAUACUUUGGAGGGUCAAUCAUGUGUUUCAACAAUUCAGAAGAUUAAGUAUAAUUGGAUUGAUAGUUUAUAAUAGAUAAGUGUAAUUUGUCCUAAAAUAAGAAAGUGUGCAAGUUUGAUUUCAAAA